AUGCCUUCUCCGCCUGACACGGUUGUGGAGGUUGGGAAGUGUGCGAGCACUGGGGAGACGAUAUCCAUCUGCUACAACACCUUUGGAGACCCCAAAGAUCCCUGUGUUCUUUUAGUGAUGGGCCUCAACGGCGUGGGGGCAUUAUGGCGAGAUCACUUCUGCCAACGCAUUGCCGAUGCCGGCUUUUACGUUAUUCGCUACGACAAUCGCGAUGUGGGCCUCUCCACUCGACUGAAGGAACAUCCCGCCCCGCAUGUCUUCCGGAUGGUGUUGCCGAGUGCCCUUUCCUUUGGCGAGCGGGUGCCGUACACACUGGAGGACAUGGCCGCGGAUGGGAUGAAUCUCUUAACGGGACUGGGCAUUCAGGAGGCGCACGUGGUGGGGUGCAGUAUGGGGGGAAUGCUGGUGCAGAUCAUGGCGAUUCGCUAUCCAGAGCGGGUGAGGAGUCUGACCAUUAUCUUUUCACACACGGGAUCGUCUGAGCGGAUUCAGGAAAGCUGGUCCACACGGUUGUGGUUUACCGAUAGAGCCGAGAGCUCAGAGAUGGAACAUGUAUUGGAUCUGAAAUGUCGAUUUAUGUGUCGCUUUGCUGGGCCUUUCUAUACACCAAAGGUUGAAAAGGAAAGAGAGUUUUACAGAGAACUUCUCCUGCGGGCACCAGAAGAUAUCAUGGGAUUUCGACGACAAAUGGCAGCUAUUCAACGUGCGAAAAGCCGUGCAGAGGAAUUAAAGAAUGUAAAGGCUCCAACACUAAUCAUACAUGGAAUGAUGGAUAGAGUUAUUCCGUAUGAAAAUAGUAUACAAAUUGCCUCCCUGAUUGGACACAACGCGAAAUUGGUUCUUUAUCCUUUAAUGGGCCACAGUCUACCGGAUGAAUUGAUACCGAGUAUGGUGCAGGAGAUUGUGUGGAACGCACAACGAUCUGUUGAUAAAGUGUAA